CGAGUCGAAAGGUGACCAAUACACCGGCGUCCUUGACAUUCAUGAACAGUUGACUAGUAAACUUGACCUUUCGUAAAGGGAUGUUGUCAAUCCGGUGCCAGAAUCUGUUGCGACUGGCACAGAGGUCUAGAGCUGCCAUUGAAAAACAUCUUGCUGCUGCCGCCUCCACGGAUGUGAAUCCAUUUAAAUACCAAGACAUUCUUGAGUUAGAAAAGAAGCCAGAUAUAAAAUGGAGGAAACUUACAGGGGAUUUUGUGUCAUCUUUCGAGGUGAAAGGCCGCAAGUGUAUACAGGUGCAGCCUGAAGCCCUUACACUGAUAGCUGAGCAGGCUAUGAUUGAUAUUGCACAUCUUCUUAGGCCUGCACACUUACAGCAACUGUCCAACAUAUUGAAAGACCCCGAGGCGUCCAGCAAUGACAAGUUUGUGGCCCUGGAACUACUGAAGAACGCCUCUAUAGCGGCCCACAUGAUACUGCCAGGGUGUCAGGACACAGGCACUGCCAUAUGUGUGGGAAAAAAGGGUCAGUAUGUGUGGACGGAUGGCAACGAUGCUGAAGCCAUAUCUCGCGGUGUAUACAACACCUACACACAGAAGAACCUCCGCUACUCCCAGGUGGCCCCAAUGGACAUGUACAAGGAGGUGAACACACGGACCAAUCUUCCCGCCCAGAUUGAGAUCUAUGCCACGCCUGGUGGCCAGUAUGACUUCCUGUUCAUCGCCAAGGGUGGAGGCUCUGCUAACAAGACCUAUCUGUACCAGCAGACAAAGGCCUUACUAAACCCAGAGAAACUAAUGAAGUUUGUGGAUGAAAAAAUCAAGACCCUGGGUACAGCUGCCUGUCCUCCAUACCACCUGGCGUUGGUUAUUGGAGGUACAUCAGCAGAGUUCACACUGAAAACGGUGAAGCUGGCCUCCACCAAGUAUCUGGACACUCUGCCUACCACUGGUAACGAGCAUGGCAGGGCAUUCAGGGACCUAGCCCUUGAGUCACAGAUCCUAAAACUGACCCAGAAGAUGGGCAUAGGGGCCCAGUUUGGGGGCAAGUACUUCUGUCAUGAUGUGAGAGUGAUUAGACUCCCCCGCCAUGGGGCCUCUUGUCCAGUGGGACUCGGCGUGUCCUGCUCUGCUGAUAGACAGAUUAACGGAAAGAUCACAGCCGAGGGGGUGUUCCUGGAGCAACUGGAGACCAACCCAGACAAGUACCUGCCGGAGAUAGAGGCCAAGGAUCUUGGAGGGGAGGUUGUCAAGGUGGACCUGAACCAGCCGAUGUCUCAAGUGCUGAAGCUCCUCAACAGCUACCCAAUCAAAACUCGCCUAAGUCUCACGGGGACCCUGAUAGUGGCGCGAGACAUUGCCCACGCCAAACUCCAAGAGAGGCUAGACAAGGGGGAGGCAAUGCCAGAGUUCAUGAAGAAUCACCCUGUGUACUAUGCAGGGCCUGCUAAGACACCUGAGGGCUAUGCCAGUGGUUCGUUUGGCCCGACCACUGCCGGGCGUAUGGACAGCUAUGUGGAGACCUUCCAGGCAGCCGGGGGCAGUAUGAUCAUGUUGGCCAAGGGAAACAGAAGCAAACAGGUGACAAAUGCCUGCAAGAAGCAUGGUGGGUUCUACCUUGGCUCCAUCGGUGGCCCUGCAGCCAUUUUGGCACAGAACUGCAUCACAAAGGUGGAGGUGUUGGAGUACCCAGAGUUAGGCAUGGAGGCCAUCUGGAAAGUGGAGGUGAAAGAUUUCCCAGCUUUCAUUGUGGUCGAUAACAAGGGCAAUGACUUCUUUAAAGAGUGGCAGGUGGAGUAACUGUGAAGAGAGCCAGUUUGAAAUUUGAUCUACUGGUAUUUAAAUUUUGUGGGCAGUGAAUUAGCUAAACUCAAAGGCCAUGACUGUUAAAAUGUAAAUAAAAAUAGUGCCUUUGCAAGGCUAUAUGGAUUAAUUAAUUUGGGUAAAGAAGCAACAAAGAUAAAGAAGCUGAAAAAUGUAUUUGUUUCAUGAUUUUGUUUAUUGUUAAUGAAGUUAAUUAUUGUUCAGCUUCUUAUACACAUAUGAGUUAUGUAUGGAUAAUAUAAUAACAUUCUUGUUUAUGGAUUUAUUAUAUGCUUCUAUUGUCUAUUUUGCUUAAGAAUCUAUAUUUAUAGACUUUGCCAUUUGUUUUAAGUUUCAAAACAUAUGUAUGGGCUGUUCAAUGCAUAAGGGAUAAACAGGCAUGAAGUGAAAUCAGUUAUCUAUAAAAAUAAACAUCUUUAUCAGUAGAUUGUUCAUCUGGAUUAGCUGUCAAUAUUUCACCCUGUAUAUACUAUAAUACAUUGUUUAGGCUAUAUUUAUAUUAUGUUGUUUUAGAAUGUAAAAACUGUUAAUGGAUAUUGUCGGUUGUUGCUAUUCAUUAAAAAGGCAUUGUAUACUUACUAAAAUAUGAAGAGGGGUGAUUUACUAGAUUGCUUUUGUCCAUGGAAUAACUUCAAAUCAUGGGGUGUUUGAACUUAACUUGAACACGGAUUUGUGUUUAUAUUUAAAUGUCCAAAUGAAAGAUAUUUGUGUACCUUUCAAUGGAUUUUGCAUGUAUUUACAUUGAUUUGUUUACAAUUUCUUAGUUGCCUUAUAAAGUAUGUUACUUUGUAGUGCUUCAAAGCUGGUAUUUACUUUUUAAAUAUUUUAUUUCAUGUUAUCAUUUCUCUGGCAUAGCAAGUGUGUGUAAUCUAUGCAUUGAAUGAAAAUUGCAGAAAAAUUUAUACUUUGACGAGACAUUGAGCACAUUAAACAUGUUGUAUUACA